AUGGGUAGUAUUCAAAGCUUAAGUGAUAUACCAGAUUUUGCAAGGAUAGAAGCUCGCCAUUUAUUAUCGUCAAUCAAGUCUCUGAAGGAAGAACCCCAAAACAUUACCGGCAAAACACAUCGUACCCCAAGAGAAGAAUCCGACUUUAUAAACUUAGACCCAUAUGAUGAGGAAAACGAUGAAGAUGAAAAAAUUCCGUCAGACUUGUCAACCCACCACCAUCCUCAACGUAUUCGUGAGUACACCCUUACAUUCACAGAUUCAUUUGAGAAAAAGUUGAUGACUACGAACUUAAGUGUCUUUAUUGUUCUUCAAAUGAAUAUAGAUGGACCAUGGUGGAAUGUAUUCUCUACCUGGUUGUACGUACUCGAGUAUUGUAGUUGUUAUCUCACCAAACACGUCAAAGAGGAGGAUACAACCGAGGUUGAAGACACCUCAGAGCUAGAAUGGGUGUUGGAUGGUGUUUGUCUUUCUGAUUUAUGCCUUAAUUUCAAGACAGCAAGCUCAAACCUGGCUAAACGCACUGAUCCAGACUCUCAGAUAUUCGCCUCCUCGCACUGA